AAUUAUUCCGUCGUAGUGAAGUGGCGUCGACAGCGCAUUCAGUUAAAAUUUUGUGUUGAAUGAAUUGCAAGAAUAGAAAGACGCAAAGAAAUAUAAAUUGCACAUCAAUUUACGACUUCCAAGUCGCCAUGCCAUUUGACAUCAUCAUGUUUUGUAAAAACGUCCUAGUCCUUCGCUUAGGUGCCUAUUUGGAGUGACACUCUCACAACAGUGGUUGUCGCAGUUUGAUCUAUCUGUGAUGUUUCACAUCUUGUAAAGGGACAUUCAAAACAGAGUGCCAUGAUCAUCACUUUUGGCUGACUGUCAAAUACAACUUUCUUGGACACAUGGUUCGCUUUGACAUUGAAGAAAGAGGAAGUGUCCACUUUUUGUCCCACCAGCGGGCGGCAGAGUGUGGCUACACCAUGGUAUUCAACUCUCGUGGUGAUCUUGUCCUUCGUGCCUCCUUCCUGGCCUGCUAUGUGGAUAACAAGAAAGAUGCAGAAUUUCGGCUGCACCUGUGGUUUGUGAACAAGGAAGCUAAUGGGAAGGACGUGGCCUACCCUGUGCUGCUAUCCUGCCAUCUCCAGCAGCCCUGGAGCCCUCGCCAGAUUGUGUGCGAGGAGAAUUACAUGGAGGUGUCUGUGAAAAAGGAAAUUUCAACUGCCAGUCGCCAGGAUUUAAAGUGGUUGGAUUCACCUAUUUUGGCACCUGAGGAGGAGAGGAAGGGGCUGGAGAAAUGGCAAGUGGCAUUCCACAAGCCGGAAUACCCUGGAGGGGAGUCGAUGCCUUUACGAGACGCAGAAAUAAUGGGUUACUACAUCAACACCACAGACACCCGCAUAAUUCUGCGUUGUCCCUACUCUUCAGUGAUGUCAUACAUGCUGCAGGAGAGAGGGGUCCCAUUAGAGGUGGUCCAUGCCUCUAUCUUCUAUCACCACAUGUGGAGAGUUUUCAAGGUUGAUGUCUCUGUGGCCUGCACUAUGAACAAGGCCACUACAGAUGGGGAACACAUUGUUGGGACCUUCCCUCAGGUCCUGUCCCCACUGGUGGAGGGGAGGUUCAUGGACAGGGGCAUGUGGUUUGGAAUGGACACACAUCUCUUAAGUGAGUGUUCCAUGAAGGAAUUGGGCUACAAGACUGGGUUACAGAAUGGAGUUGUGGAGAUCAGGAUUCCUCUUGGAGCAAAGGGAGUAUACAUUAAGAGUCAUGUGGUUGAUGAGAAGUAUGCCCAGUCUUCAUCAGUAGAUUUAUUCUAUGUACACAAGUGGAAGGAUGGGCAGUGGGCCUUGACCCAGUAUCUCUCCUUCAGACCGCUAAAAACCCUGUAUGUCCCCAAAAUACCCAUACUCAUCAAGAACACUAUGCCAUCAGAAAAGAUGUUUUCAGUGACCCUUGGACCAUUUCCACAUGACGUGUCUCUGCGCAAUGUCACGAUUGGGGGUGAGCCUCUAUCCCUUGUGGAAACCGUAGAGCUGGGAUUCAAGAUCUCCUUCGUCCCGUUCAACAAUGGCGCCCAUGCCUACCAGCUAAAAGUUCCGUUCUCACACCCUCUCGUCUCUCAGAAGUCUAUAGAUGGUGGAUACAGAAGGUACACCUUAAAAGUUACCUUUGCCUUGGACAUCUCCCCCCAUGGAGACGUCUUUUACCACCAUAGCACUGUGGUGUCUGAUUUACCAGAUAUUGUUCUUCCCAGGUUGGAGGGUAAGUGCACACCUGAGGGUAUAUUGGUACUGCUACACUAUGGAAACCAGGACUUCCAGUGGGAGAUGUACUUGGGGAACCGCAGGCUGGACUGGGAGCUGGUGGAGCUUGGUGGGUACAUACUGAAGACUGAGGAGGAUUACUUCAGUGUUGAGCUACCUCUAUACAGCCUGGGCAUGACUUAUGAGGACCUCAGCUUGCAGGGGCUGGUGGCCAGGGUUGAAGUCACUUUGGUGAAUGUGCAGACGAUGGGAGCAGAACACACCUUUGUCCACCACUGCAGCUUUCCUGUCAGGGAGCUGCUAGUCUGCCUACCAGAAGGGAAGAUUGUGGUACUGGCUGAUACUUCCCGUACCAUCCCACCAAUUGAACCAAACCACACCACCCUACUGGAUCAGAAUUGUAGACCUACUGACUCAGACAGUACCCGGGCCCUUUUCUCCUUUUCUGUGGACUCCUGUGGUACCAUCCAUACUCUGAUGGGGAAUCACCUUGUGUAUGAGAAUGAAGUGAGGUAUAUGGAGAAGCACCUGUCCAUACCUGACCCCCUCAUUGAAGAAAAGCCCCGCUAUAGGCUGACAAUCCAGUGCCGCUACCCUGUGAAUGACACCAGCACCAUCACCAUCUCCCAACCUUUCUACAGUGCCUUCACACCCCCGACACAUGAAAUAAAGGAGGACUUCAGAGGUCAAAGAAAACCAGAGGAUACCUAAAAAGGAGUGAUUGUCAAAACGGGAGCUCCUGCCGGGCCCCUGGGCUGAGGGCCACGAUGCCAGAGGACCACAAUGCCAGAGUGGCUUUCUGGCUGCACUCCUGCGUACACACAACACCUGUAAUAAAGCUGUACUGUUUCCUACU